AUGGCUGCUGUUCUGUCUCCAGGCUUCUUCCCCAUCCUCCUCCUCCUAUGUUUCUCAAUUUCCCCUUCUUUGCAGCACGUAAGCGAGUCUGAACCGCUUGUGCGGUUCAAGAACUCGGUGAACAUAACCAAAGGGGACCUAAAUUCAUGGAGAAUAGGAACAGAUCCUUGCGGUGGAAAAUGGUUCGGGAUCUAUUGCCAAAAGGGUCUGACAGUCUCAGGCAUUCACGUCACACGGCUCGGUCUCUCAGGAACCAUCAACGUCGACGAUCUAAAGGCUCUAGCAAACCUAAAGACCAUCAGGCUCGACAACAACCUCCUCUCGGGUCCUCUCCCGCAUUUCUACAAACUCAGCGGCCUAAAAUCUCUAUUGCUCUCUAACAACAGCUUCUCCGGAGAGAUCCCUGACGAUUUCUUCAAGGACAUGUCAAAGCUCAAGCGGCUGUUUCUUGAUCAUAACAAAUUCGUGGGGAGAAUCCCUUCCUCCGUUAUGCAGCUCCCUUAUCUCGAGGAGCUUCACCUGCAAGGUAACAAGUUCUCCGGAGAGAUACCUCCAGUGACCGACACAAACAAGAACCUCAAGAUCCUUGACCUCUCAAACAACCAACUUGAAGGAAGCGUCCCGGAGAGCAUCUCAGAUAGGAAAAAUCUCAUCAUGAGAUUGGAAGGGAACGUUAACUUGUGCGGCAAGGCAGUCAACAUUGAAUGUAAACCCUCGCCGCCGCCGUCUCGGCCGUUUGGUGGAACGAACAACUCGAACAGGACCACGGUGAACGCGAUCAUGUUAGCGAUAACGUUUCUUAUCAUGUUCUUAUGUCGUGGAAUUAUAAAGAAGCGGGACAAGAAGAGAAAUCCCGAGUUUAAGAUGCUCGGACAAGAACGUCUUAGCGCGACUUGAUGCGUGAAGUCAGAAUACCGGAAUUCCACGAUGAAAAAGUCUACAGAAUCGAGCAAGAAGCGAAGUGAGGUUCUACCAGAAAGGAUCGUCUCAUAAUGGAAAGGUGGUGGAGGAGGAGGAGGUGUAGGAGGAGGGAUGGGUGACAUUAUAAUGGUGAAUAGCGAGAAGGGCUCUUUUGGUUUACCCGAUCUGAUGAAAGCAGCAGCUGAGGUGCUAGGCAAUGGUAGCCUUGGAUCAGCUUACAAGGCGGUGAUGGCUAAUGGAUUAUCGGUUGUGGUGAAGAGGAUUAGGGAUAUGAAUAAACUUGCUCGUGAACCUUUUGAUGUUGAGAUGAGACGGCUAGGGAAACUUCGCCACCCUAACGUUCUUGCCCCUUUAGCUUAUCACUACCGUCGUGAAGAGAAGCUUGUCGUCUCUGAAUUUAUGCCUAAAAGCAGCUUGCUUUACGUUUUGCACGGUGAUCGUGGGAUAUAUCAUUCCGAGCUAACUUGGCCAACAAGAUUGAAAAUCAUCCAAGGAGUGGCGCAUGGAAUGCAGUUCUUGCACGAAGAGUUUGCGUCCUACGAGCUUCCACACGGUAACCUAAAAUCCAGCAACGUUCUCCUCAGCGAGACCUACGAGCCUUUGAUCAGUGAUUACGCAUUCUUACCGUUCCUCCAGCCAAACAACGCGUCUCAGGCAAUGUUCGCUUUCAAGACGCCAGAGUUUGUGCAGAGCCAACAGGUGUCGCAUAAAUCAGACGUCUACUGCCUCGGAAUCAUAAUUCUAGAGAUCUUGACAGGGAAAUUCCCUUCUCAAUACUUGAACAACGGUAAAGGUGGGACUGAUAUAGUUGAGUGGGUGCAAUCUUCGAUCGCAGAGCAAAAAGAAGAAGGAAUUAUCGAUCCAGAGAUAGUUAACAAUACUGAUUCAGUGCAACAAAUGGUGGAAGUGUUGCGGAUUGGGGCAGCUUGUAUUGCAAGUAAUCCAGAUGAGAGAUUAGACAUGAGGGAAACUGUUAGAAGAAUAGAACAAGUAAAAACAUGA